AUGCCUCAACUCAAACCGAAAACCAACGCCGAGGAGAGGAAAAGAGGCGAGAUCGCCCUCAGCGAGUUCGCAGAGUACGCUGAACAACAGCAAGCGCAUCGCUCUGCCGUGCCGGUCCCGCCUAGCGAUAGCGGAUACGAGACCAGCAGCGUGUCCCGCGAUGUCGAGGACCAUGCUGAACUCGAGAUCCUCGACCAGCUUGGCCUUUCCGAUGCGCCCCGCACCGUCAAGCUGAAGGAGCUCCUUCUCGGAACGGGGGACUCGACAACUGAGGAUAGUCUACAAGCUCUCGCCGCAACGAUACAAACGCGAAUCGACGAAGGCCACGGAGAGACAAUAUUCGAUCUAGGACUUGAAGAUGGUGGCGAUUCAAUGGGGUUUGACCUGGCGCAAUGGGAGACGGCGCUCCAGCGUCUGCGUGAAGCUGCUGAGACGAUCCCGGCUCACUGUCGAAUACUACUCACGCAUAAUGUGGGCGGUGCCCAGGAAUCCACGGUGAAAAAUGAUCGUAUCAGGGGCGCAUGGGGCAAAGUUCUGAUCCGCCAGGUUGCAACGAAUAUUGAGGAGGUAGGGGAACUGCGCAUUGCGGUCGUAGGCAAUGUCGACGCGGGGAAGAGUACCAUGCUUGGUGUGCUGGUAAAAGGCAGCCUAGAUGAUGGUCGUGGCCGUGCGCGAGUCAACCUCUUCCGCCACAAGCACGAGAUUGAAAGCGGGCGAACCAGCUCCGUCGGAAUGGAAAUUAUGGGUUUCGACAGCCACGGCGACAUCGUGGGCAACACCCAAGGCCGAAAACUCUCUUGGGAAGAGAUCGGGAAGCGCUCUGCGAAAGUCAUCUCGUUCUCUGACCUGGCGGGCCACGAACGCUACCUGCGCACUACCGUCUUUGGCAUGCUGAGCAGCAGCCCCAACUACUGUUUGCUUAUGGUCGCCGCUAACAAUGGUUUGAUCGGCAUGAGUCGUGAGCACUUGGGAAUUGCCCUCGCGCUGAACGUCCCUGUCAUGGUCAUCGUCACCAAAAUCGAUAUCUGCCCGCCUCAGAUCCUCCAGGAGACUCUGUCGCAAUUGUCGAAGAUUUUGAAGUCUCCUGGUGCGCGCAAGAUCCCCAUUUUUGUGAAAGAUAUGGAAGAGACCAUCAACACGGCGACUCAGUUCGUCAGUCAGCGUAUCUGCCCCAUCUUCCAAGUCUCCAAUGUUACCGGCGAGAAUUUGGAGCUUGUUCGGACAUUCCUGAAUAUCCUUCCUCACCGAGGGCACUAUGAUCAGGAAGCUCCAUUCGAAUUCCUGAUCAACGAUACCUUCUCAGUGCCUCACGUAGGUACAGUUGUGUCGGGGGUGGUCAAGUCCGGUGUGAUUCAUGCGGGCGACUCGGUUGUCGUUGGGCCAGAUUCUCUCGGUCAAUUCACCACCACCACGAUAAAGAGUAUCGAGCGCAAGCGAAUACAGGUGAAUGCUUGCUUCGCAGGCCAGUCGGGCUCGUUCGCCCUAAAACGCGUCCGCCGCAAAGAAGUCCGCAAGGGCAUGGUGGUACUCAAAAAGAUGGACAAUCCUCCUAAAGUGUACCGCGAAUUUGUGGCUGAAGUUCUGAUCCUGUCUCAUGCAACUACCAUCAAGCCCAAGUAUCAGGCCAUGUUGCACGUUGGAGCGGUCAGCCAAACUUGCGCAGUGAUCGACAUCGAUCGCCCCUUCAUCAGGACUGGCGACCGCGCCCUCGUGGCGUUCCGCUUCAUCCAGCGGCCCGAGUUCCUGGCGCCAGGCGAUCGUGUCCUGUUCCGGGAGGGUAAGACUAAAGGUCUAGGCAUUGUGAAAAGCAUUGGUUAUGACCCUCAGCAUCCCCUGAAUCCCAAUGCAACGAAACGAGAGGGCGAGGGUGAUGUGGAGAAAGGGAAUGAAGAAACGAAUGAGAAAGUUUAA